AUGGUUGGCCUAGGGCCGAGUGAUCAAGGAUGUGAUUCCUUUGAUGUGUGUAUGGUGGCACGUGAAACUACACCGAGUGCGGUCGGCCGUGAGAGUACCGCACUGAUUGUCGGUAAUGACAUUUUUGGCCAUAUGCCAUUUAGUGUGGGCGGCCAUGAAGGCACCACGCUUAACGCCGGUAAUGGCGUUGUUGGCGAUUCGCCAUAUGGUGUGGGCGGCCGUGAAGGCACCACGCUUAACGUCGGUAAUGGCGUUGUUGGCGAUUCGCCAUAUGGUGUGGGCGGCCGUGAGGGCACCACGCUUAACGCCGGUAAUGGCGUUGUUGGCGAUGCGCCGUAUAGUGUGGACGGCCGUGAGGGCACCACACCUAAUGUCGGUAAUGACCUUAUUGGCGAGGUGCCGCUAAAUUUGAUGCUAGGCCCGCAUAAUACACGUGGAGUGGCACGUUUCAAUCCACUGGGUGAAGUGUUCGAGUUAUGCAACACUUCACCGAAUGUCGGUCAAGACAAAAGCUCUCGUGUAGAGCGUCUCGAAGAGACGAUCGAGACACCGGGUAGCUACUUUUAA